CUCUCUCCUCUGAAAGCCUCCUUUCUCCUCGACUCCAACGAGUGCAUUUAACGAAUUGAGACGUCCUACCAGAUGGCGAAUCUAAAUCGAUUUCCGGGUCAAUUGAUGGAUAGAGGACGGAGGAGUCGAGGGGUCAAGGAGGGAUAAGGGGAUGAACCCUGUGCGUUUAAUUUUGAAGGGCCGGUGACCCAGAAGUGUUUUUCUCUCCCGCAGCGGAUUGUUGUUUUUUGAUCAAAAUGGCGACUCGCUGGUUCAACUCAGCUGGUGAAAGAGUCUGUUUGUAGCUAGUAAAAAGUAUGAUGAACUCCAGCAGAUCCUCUGAUUGUUUUUAACUCAGACGUAGGUCUAUCUCCCGGUGGACUACAGAGCUACUGGAGUUAGCUUAGCAUGCUAGCUGUUAGCGGAAUUAGCAUCACGGAGAGACUGUGAAGAUGUGUAAAGUCCAAAUGCUGAGAGCGUUGGUGAAGCAGCGACUAACUGCGGCUGCUGAAGAGAUAUUUGGGCUGUUUGAAAGAACGAUAGCAGAGUACGAGGAGCAACUUUGUCGCUCAAAAGAGGAGAACGAGCGACAACGGAAACUACUGGACGCUGUUUACAACCCUCAGCUCAGGUUACACAGAGCAGAGGUCCAGCAGCAGCUGUUGGUGGUUAAAGAAGAGGUUCCCCCUGAGCAGCAGGAGUGGAGCUCCAGUGUGGACCAGGAGGACCCAGAGCCCCCACACAUUAAAGAGGAAGAGGAGGAACUGUGGAGCAGUCAGGAGGGAGAGCAGCUUCAAGGGCUGGAGGAGGCUGAUAUCACCAAGUUCACAUUCACUCCUGUCCCUGUGAAGAGUGAAGAUGAUGAAGAGAAACCUCAGUCUGAGGGACACCACUGUGGAGGACCAGGACCAGGACCAGCGCCUGGUGGAGGAGUACAACCAGUGCCUGGAGGCUCUGAUCCAGAUCCACAUUUACAACCAGAUACUGAUGACAGCGUUGACAGUGACUUUUGGACAGAGACCAGAGAGCGUCCGUCUGGUUUUAUGGGAUGUGAUUCUGGCAACAAAGCGUUGAUCUGUCCUGAAUAUGUUGAGUGGACGGAGACAAGAAACUCUCUGAAACAUGAUGAAGUCCCUGUCAGUGAUUUUCAAUGCAGUGCUGGUGAGAAACCGUUUAGCUGCUCUGAGUGCGGGAAAAGAUUUGGGUUCAAGGGAAAUCUGAAGCGACACAUGAUAACUCAUACGGGAGAGAAACCGUUCAGCUGCUCCGUUUGCAGUCAAAGAUUUCUGCAGAAGGCACAUCUGAAGCGACACAUGAUCACGCACACGGGAGAGAAACCCUUCAGCUGCUCAGUGUGCGAGAAAGCUUUCACACAAAGCGGGAGUUUACAGACACACAUGAGGAUCCACACGGGAGAGAAACCGUUCAGCUGCUCAGUGUGCGGAAAACCUUUCCGGGAAAGUGGAAAUAUGAAGGCGCACAUGAGAGCAUGUCAGAAAAGAUUCAACCGCAGUGUUUUUGACCAAAGAUUCACGUGGCUUUUUCACCUCAGAAACCAUCAGUGUGACAGUCGUCAUUUGUCACAGCUUCAUCAGACUGAGGAGAACAAUGGGGUGGAGCCUCCAGACAGCAGUGCAAUUCAACAGACUGAAGCAACAUCUUAUAUGAGCAACAAUGUUGACUUUGCAAAAACUAUAUGUCAUUUAUAGCUAUUUUACAACUUAUUGAUAACAUUACAUCAGCUACUUCCUGUUGUCAGUGAGUGAGGCUAUUUCUGUAGGUUAAUUUUGGCAUGUAGAAGCGAUGAGGCUGGGACUCUCAUGAAGCAUGAGAAAUUUUAGGCAGUUUGGACAGUGUAUGCUCAAGUUACAACAACUUCCUGUUUAAUGGUGAAAUGUGUAAAAGGGUUAAAGUAUGACCCCUGGAAAUGUACAAGAAUUGUACAGGAAAUUCAAAAUGGUGGACCAAUGUUGGUCAACUAAAACAUUUUGAAUUUCCACAAUGAACAUGUUUUCAAUUUUUGUUGACUUAAACUGUUUGAAUUUUCAUCAA